AUGGCUGAACAUGGCGUAGCAAUCUCUCUCUCAAAUGCCUCUCCAACCUCUGAGUCUUCCUCCUCCGAACACCACGCCCUCCACACCACCGGCGCCUCCUCCCACCACCAGCCACCGUUAUCCACCGCCGUCUACCCACUUAACCCAACCCCACAAUCCAAGAAGCCACGUGGCAGGCCCCCGGGCUCCAAGAACAAGCCCAAGCCCCACAUGAUGAUGGGCCAAGGCGGUGAGCCCGCCAUGAAGCCCAUCGUCAUCGACGUGCCGCAAGGAAGCGACGUCGUGGAGGCGAUUACAAACUACGCGCGUCGGCGCCACGUGAACCUGACGAUCCUGAGCGCGUCUGGCACAAUCGCUAGAGUCACUCUCUGCCACGCGAUCUCUCGUGCCCCCGCUUUCACCGUCCAUGGACCCUUCAACCUAAUGUCUCUCUCCGGCACUUACCUUUACAAUUCCCAAAAUGCCCCUAGUUCCUCUUCCUUAUUCACCAUCACUUUCUCCGGCGUUCAGGGUCAUGUCUACGGUGGCAUCAUCGGUGGCAAAGUGGUGGCGCAAACCAACGUCUCUGUCAUGGUCACUGCUUUCAAGAACGCUGAGUUCUACAAAGUCCCUGAAGGCUCUGAAGAAAGGGACAACAAUGAUGACAACAAUAACGAUAAUAAUAAUGAUAAUAACAAUAAUAACAACCCUAAUAUUUCUGAAUUUGGUGGAAACGAGAACAUGACCGGGUUCAAUGUCAAUCCCUGGGGGGUCGUUAUGUGA